CUUUGUCUCUCUUUCGAUUUCCUCCAGCACACCCUCAUACUUUCUUUCCCUCUUGGUUUGACUUUCGUCAUCCAGGACUGCAAACGUAUCUUCACAUGCCUCUAGCCGUUAAAAUUGGACCAAGCAGACAUUCUGUGUCCCUCCAGCCAUGCCUCGUCAACACAGACUCGGAACCGGUCUUUGUAUCCUCGGAACAUUUUGAAGGCUACAUCACAGUCAGGAUCCGCAACCAUCGCCCAGCUUCUCCCAAAGACGGCUCCCAAACCUGCUCGUACUUCGAUGACCGCUCCAGGCUCUUUUCUUUGCAGUGGCAAGGCCGGUUCAUGGCGACAAACUGUGUACGUCAUGACAAAUUGUGGAGCGCAAACGAUGUUCUAUUUGUUGCCGAGGUGGAGAAGGGUGUGAAACUACCAAUAGGAUUGCCAAUCGCGGUGAGAUUUGUACGCUUGAUCGACCCAUCUUUUAUCGCAGAUGCAAUCAGCAAAAAGAAGCGUCCCUGGAUAGGGAGCUAUCUGGUGACCGCUAUGAAUGUAUUGCGCGUUUGGAUGCCAGUCGAAGAGUCCGCAGCAGCACCUGGUCUUGAUAGGAAUGGUGAGCAGAAUGAAGGAAUCUCUGGUUCAAGAAACGUGGGUUCGUGGAGAUUUUUUGGACAGAGCAGAUUAGAGGAGGCCGGUGUAAACCUUUUAUCAAAGACAAGGGGUUGGACAGAUCAUGGCCAGGGCGCGAAUCAUGCACAACAACAAAGGCAAUCGAGCACAGGAGGUGAUACAUGUGCGCCAUUGUAUGAAGGUCCAAUGCCUCCAGAAGCAUCUGUAUCAACAUCGACAUCUUCGACUGUGCCAGUAGUAGCGAACCAAUGGUCUUUGGGAGCACAGACGACGCAGGAUGAGGGAAAUGAAAAGGAUUUGUCACCAUAUCAACGCAGAAGAUUCUUCAUGUCAAGUCAGCAUCGUCAAGAGACGAUGUUCUAUCCGGAUCUGAUGAUCGCGGGCGAUUUUUUCAACAACUUUACGGACUUCGAAACGCGGAAGGCGCGCAUGGUGGUGUCGAUUCGGAUGGACAGAAUAUUAGAGGACCAGCCGUUGCGAUUUGUAUGUAAGAGUCGAUCUCGUUCACGAAUUGAAGCGCAGAUAGAUGGCAAUGUGGAUGAAGAUGACGACGGUGAGGACGAUGUUGUUUUCUUUGUCGUCGUGUUGGAGUGGACUGCCGAUGUGCCAUGAUAUUAUACCGGGUUCUUGGUUCAUUUCCUCUAGAGGAAAUGCGGUUACCAUGCACAGCCUGAAACCCUUCAGACACCGCCACCGCCUUGCUCAUACCAUACUCAUUGUCCCCCCUGACUAGUUUUCCAGACGUAAAAUAGCAGCAAAGCCAACUAAACGAUAAAAAAGAGC